CGCAGCCAAACCCACUGCAAUACCAAUCGCAAUGUGACGCUAGUCGUCCCGUCCGCUCUGUUGACUUUGGGCGAAAAUGGCGUCAACACAAGUUUAGCGGACCGUGUUUUGCGAUAUUUUUGCAGGUUCUUGAGUCAGCUGUGCUUCAUGAGUUGGGAGCCUCACACAGCCCCACAUCUGGUGAAGAAAUGUGCAAUCUGCCCAAGUGUUCGCUCUUUCCCAGUUGAGACACUUAACACUGCUACUGAUGGAUCCCUGGUACUACAACCGCUUGAGCAAUGCAUCAGCCAAGUUCCAGUCUGGAAGUGGUGCGAGCCACAGCGAUUAUCACCAACAGUUGGCUGGACACCAGCCGACACCAAGUAGCUCUGCAGCGGGCACACCUGCACCCCAGCUGUUGCUUCAAGCAGCUCAAGCGGCACAAGCUGCACAAGCUGCACAAGCUGCACAAGCUGCCCACAACACAGGGCACUCCAUACCGCCUCCGUUCAGUCCUGGCUUCUUGACGCCAAACCCCUAUGACUUUUCUCUCUUCCCCAACGCGUCUCAAUAUGCUGCCGUCAGCCAGCACCGCGCUCUCGCUUCAGCCAUCUCAUCUGCGAAACCAACCUCUGAAAGUGAACUGUCUCAUCGUGAAAACUUCAGCCCGGCUCACCACUCAAGCCUCGCAGCAGCAUCUGGAAGCUCUUUCUUUGAUCACCAAAAUUCUGCAUCAAGUUCGCUUGGGUGGUCUCACCAGCCCAAUCCUCAACUGCCUAGUCCAUUUGGUGUUCUACCUCAUGAAAGUGUAUCCAAUGCGUCAGGUGGGCCAGCAGCAAAACCCACCUCCGCUGACUAUGCAAAUGCUUUCAAUGCUUACUCCUCUUCUCAUAGUCUGAAUCACCUCUCCCAGCUUUCGGACUAUAAAAAUUAUAGUGAAGUGAAGAAGGAGAGUCGAUCGCAGUCUCCCACAAACUCUUCUAAAGUUUCUGCAGCUAGCCCAUCUUCUGUCCCAUACUACCAAGGAGCCCCUGUUGCUGGGAACAACUAUGCUUUAAGUGAAUCUAACAAUCGAAGUUCAUUCUCAAGUUCGAGCAAGUACAGUGGCAGUAUAGUACAACCACAACAAUCUUGUAUUGUUGCAUCUCCGUCAGUUACUCUUCCUUCCAAGGACUAUCGGCAGCAACAUUCAGCUGUUGGUAUUGAAGGUUCCACUGAAUACCCAGACUCAAAUGCUAGGCGUAACAAGCAAGCAAAUUCAAGAUCUCAGAACUAUGUUCCUUCAAGCACCAAGAGCUCUCCCAUGCCAGUUCAAACCAAGGCUCAGACCAAAGUGUAUCCUGAUGUGGCACAUCAGACAGAAGCAACACACAGGUCAAAAACUCCUUUGGACACUAAUCAGUCUUCACCAAUCAGUUUGUCGACGAUGGACUCGAGUGCUUCACAUAGAUAUAGCUCAGAAAGUAAUGUCGCAUCUAAACAACCGCUCAGUGGUCAGUCUCAGCGUGUCUCUGGUAAUCAGCUCCCUUAUCAACAGUCUCUGAGUCACCAAGCAGCUGCUUAUUAUGCUAAUGCGGGUGGAACACAUGAAGCAAAUUAUCACCGUUCGAAGUCAGUUGAAUCAGUGUUCAACUCUAGUGCCAAUCAAAAUGCAAUGGAAUGUGCGAAUAGGAGAACCAGCCCUCACACAUCACAGUCCAGUCCUGUGGGUCAUGCACAAAGUCCAGCAUACCCUAUGUAUAACAGCCCAAUGUCUUCCAUGCCAUCGCCUUCUCCCCACCAACUUCCAGAAAGCACCAAUCCCUGUCAGAGUGGCAGCACUUCAUACAAAGCCAGCGCCAGCGCACCUGUGGACAGCUCAUCAACACCACUGAAUACGUCUGUGAUAAGGCCACACGGCGGACCAGCGCAAAGUGUCACUUAUCCAUCUGUGAUAACACGAGCAGUUGCUAUCCCGGAGCCUUCUGCAAAACCUGUUGCUUAUAAUGAAACAAGGGCUUACGAUCAUGAUUCCACCAGGUAUUCGAAGCAAUGCUGGGAAUCUGGUUCUGAUAGGGCUCCAACUGUAACUCAGCAGCAAAGAGAAACAGCCGCAAACAUGGCUCAGCAACAGCAUUCUUCGAGAACUUCAGAGAGGCAACAGGCAUGUUACGAAAGUGCAACCAACCAGGCUUCACAUGACUUGAGUAGCUUCCGAGGCGACCCCAUGUCCAUUGUGAAGAACCUCCAGAGCCUGCAGCAGCAGCAGCAGACAUUCCAAGCUCAACCUCCUGCAGACGACUCCAGACCGGGAAGCAAGACUCCAGGUGGUGCAAGUAGCACCUCACCCAACAGCAGUGGCAAAAGAAGAAAGAGCUCUGAAAAACAAGUCAGUGCCCCUAAUAGUAUGGAAUAUUAUAACAACCGAAUCCCACCACCAGCUCACCUCAAUGUUGCAUCCCAACAGCAACAAAAUGGAAGCUAUUUUCCCAAUUAUCUCUCACCACCGUCAACUUCCAGGGCGUAUUCAGGAUCCCAAACUUCAUUGCACCAUUCAUCAAAUUCCUUCAUGGGGAGUCAGUCUCAGGGACUUUAUGUCUCCUAUUUCUCUCCAUUUCAUUUACCGACCACAUCUCAGUCAACUGGAAAUCCUGACUACCAAAGUCCUAGCUCUCAACCUAGAGCACCCCAUCCAGCAAGUGAACCAAAUAACCAGAAUGUUCCAGUUCCAAGUGCCACUGUCCUACCUCAAGUACAAGAAACUCUGAAGGAAGAGACACCCAAGGUUGUGAUUCCUGAUAUAGAAGAAGAAUUAAGUUAUCUUGUAGGACCUAUACUGAUGAUGAAAUCAGAGCAGGGCAGUAAGAAUUCCGUUGCCUCUGGAUUUGAAGCAAGUUAUCUCAAGUUUCUUCAGGGAGAGAGGGAAUCCUCACCACCGCCUAGUCGUGGAGCCAGAAAAACGUGGUACAAAACUAAAAAUAAUCAGAAUGACCCAGCCAAACCAGUUGCAAGCUGCAAUUCAUCCAAUGGAGGUGACAUGGCUGUUGAGACAGCGCAACAGUCUCGUACAGCCAAAGAGAAAGCUCCUGCCUAUGAUGUUGAGGAUGACCCUCGAUAUUUUCCCCUGCCAAAGACUGAUGCUCAGAGAAGAAGUUUGGACUCAUCGGACUCGGAUUCAGAUCCAGGCGCUGCUGCCAAAAGUGAAACUCCAAAGAAGCAGGAUAGAAAGCCAAUCGCAGCAGUGGCUCCAAGAACAGCCAACAAGCAAGCCGCGAAAGGAGCGGGCCCGCCGAACCCACAGCCAGCUCAGCCAGCACAGCCAGGAAAGAGAGGGCGGAAAAAGAAGGCAGAGGUUGCAGUUGCUGUUCCCAGAAGAGAAACCUCAAGGCGUAAGGCUAAAGAAAAGGGCAGUAUUUUACUAAAUGCAGGUGAUCCUGAGGAUCCCGACGAUGACUCUCAUUCAGACUCUGACCCUGCUUGGACACCUGUGCCUUUCAAAGCAAAACCUCAAAAUGUUGAAUCAUCUGAGGAUGAAAUUGUGAAAAAAAAGAGUAACAAGAAAGCAGCUAAGCUUAGUGGAUGUGGUCGGAAACGAGCGAGGGCUGCUAUCAGUGAUGGUGAUCAAACCAGUGAGGAUGACUCUGCAAAAACAAAAAAACGAGGGUCAAAGCAAAGAAAAAAGUCGCACAGCCAUCAGGCUACAAGCGCUGGUUCUGGAGAUGAUGAAGCCGAUGAUGAUCCAGACUUGUAUUCCUUCAAGGUUGGUGAAUUUGUGCUGAUGAAAUCUGACCUGGGUCUUAAGUGGCCGCCUAUUUGGAGAGUAGAUGAAACCCUCCUACAAAAGUUUGAAUCAUUUGAAUCAAAAGGUGAAAUACUCUACCGGAAUAUUUCAACAUACUCUGGUUGGACUCCUCAAAAUCGUGAUCUCUAUAUAUCUAUUCAAGUUAAAUUCCGACUCAACUCUAAGACAUCAAAAGUAGUUGAAUUUCUGCGGAAUGAGUUGAUUGAGAACAAUGAUGACAUAUUGGAGUCAUUGGUGAAAACAACUGCACAAUUUCAAGAAAAUUUUGAAGUUUACAUUCAAACUUUGAUAUCUCAGGCAUUGGACUCAAACUUUCUGACAGAAAUUUUCCAAGAAAGAGACGAAUACUUCCUGACCAAUGUUAAAACUGUAGAUGACAUAGUUGCUGAUAGAAGGCAACGAUUUCUACGCAUUGUGAAAUGGAGAACCGAACUAGAGGCCAGCAUUGCCACCUGGCCAUGCUACAAUGUUAUGUUUGAGCUUGGAGAAGAGUUUAGUAAGAACUGUGCCGCCUGUGAUAAGCCCGGGGUUGCUGCAAGAGUACUCCUUUAUGGUCAACCUUAUAAUUCAACUACUUUGGAAGGAUGCCAAGCUGAUCCUAAGUUAGUUAGUGAGAAGGACUUUUUAACAUGCAGACUAUGCUUAAGCAAAAUUGAGCUGUACAACAAAGUCGCUCACCAGAAGUACCUGAUGUUUAUUGAAUGUGCCAAGCGUGUCCAAGAAAAAAGACUUGCCGACUCAUCAAAAGACACUACCGUUAUUCUCAAUGAACUGCUUGCAGAUGACAUAUGGCUUCAUCAGCUGUUCCGCAAUGUCAGAUUGUCCUGGGCUGAAAUUGACCGUUUGGAGAAAGUAUCACUUAAAGAAUGAAUGCUUGCUUUGAGUGAGGAUAUGUGAUGAGUAUGUUGUUCAACAUACAUCAAAAAUCCUGAGUCAAUAUAGUUGUUUAUGGUUCUAAGUCUUAGUGAGUAGAAAAUGUUUCAUUUAAUGAUGCUCAAACCUUAAAGGCAGAUUGUACCAAAAUGUGUGGUUCAUCACAGAUGCAUAUUAAUACUUUGAGUAGGUUGAAAUUAAGGUUAUUUUUUAGCCUGUGCUGACCUAUUGUUCUGUGUAUAUAUUGAAUUGGAUGCAAACUAAGCUAUUUGUGCCACUGUCAAAUUUGUUCUUAUUUUAUUUUAAUAUUCUCACUCUUCCGACGUAUAUUAUUAAGAGUUUCUUGUGUCCUGCUUUGUCAAUGAGGAGUAGGGUAUUACCCAAGUUUUCAGCAAGAUUUUGCCUGAGCAAAGUCUGGAAUUGUGAUAAGGAACUGGUAAAUUGGAUUUAAUCAUUAAUCUUGCAUUUUCUUACGUAUGUUCAUGUACAAACAUACAUUGUAAUAUUUGUAGAUAAGUGGAUUUAUUAUACUGUAUUUACAUGCAUAUAACACAGAAUUACCUGUACAUGUAUGUAUCCCACCCACACUCUGCUUUCAAGGCUUCUAGAAUGAAAUUUGUAAAAUUUCUAUGCACACUUUCAGCAGGGUAUUGGGAGUAUCAAGUCCCCUUGUAUAUUUGUGCAGUUUAUAUGCAUGUAAAUACAGUUCAGUUAUAGCCAUGGUUUUUAUCAUUUUGCUUAAUUUAUAUUUGCUCUUUGCAUUACCAAGUUAAUCAGUUUUUAACUUAAAAACUUAAUGUUAAAAUCAAACAUUUCACAAGUUACUCAAAUUAUUUGUGCCUGGGAGCCCCAAAAUUUUAAACAGAUACAGGGUUUUAAAAUUUUGAUCCUGGUAUGUAGAAUUUCCAAAGAUCACUGAACUUAUAGUUCUUUUUUAGAUUUUAUUGUUGUUGCAGAGUUGCACAUAAUAUGUCUUGUGUUACUGAAGAUGAUUUUCCUCUCUCUCAACACUCAGUUUUAAAGGCAUUCUAGUUGUGGGCUCAUCCCACUACCAUUUUGAACUCUCUGCUUCAUUUGCAAUAAAAGACCUAGUGGUAGGGUUACUUUUUUACCUGAACAUAGUUUAGGCUUAGAUUUGAUGUUAUGAACAGCCAAAUAGAGAGCUUAUGGAAUGGUGCUAAAGAAAUUUUAAAAUUUUACCUGUAUUUAGGUAUGGUUGCCACCCUUGUAGUUAAAUACUUGUGCAUGAACUGAGAUUCACUUUUUCAGUUUGCUUGGCAUUAUGAUUGAAAUGAAACAACCUUGGCAUUUGAUUGCUUAUGGUUGUUGCGUAAUAAGUAUCUCUGAAGCCAAAAUGUCUGAAAACAUCUUGGAAAAUAGGGUAAGGUUUUUAAGUUUUGUGAUACCUGGGAUAGGUGAGGAAAAUGCAUGCUGCAUUUGAUUGUGAUAUUGAAUGCUUUAUGAAGUAUGAGUCAUCCGCAGCAAAGUGCACAUUGUUAUUGGAUUAAUAGAAAGAUUCAGGGAGUUGUACUGGUUGAGGCUUUUGUCAGAGUUGGCAGUUGGAAAAAGAUCUUUUUUAUGGAGUAAUUUGCUAUCUCAUAUCAUUAAUCUCAGCAAACUUCCAAAUUUCUCUCUUCUCCUUUGCAAUGAAAGACUAACCAAGUAAAUGAGUUGGCUCUUAGCAUCUUUAGUGUUUAUUAUUUAUGUACAUUUUGAACUGAUUGUAUGUGGAUAACAUUUGCACUGUUAUAAAACUGCUGUUUUUAGAUUGGAAAAAUUGGAUUUCCAGGAACCCAGUGAAUUUAAUGGCAUAGACAACUUACAUGCUUUAUUUUGUGAUUAUGGGGAAUCUUUCUCUUCUUUGGGGGAACAAACUAAAAUUGCUCUUAGUUUUGCCAAGAAAUGAAUUAAAGCAGUGCUAGUGCUGAUUGAAAUCUAGGAGGCUAAAUGAUUUGAUGUGAUGUCGCAAUAAAAUUUGAGCUUUGAGGAGACAUUUUAUGGACUGUUUUUUCCAAGAUAACUGUUAAAAUAAGUUGAGAAUGUGUUAAAAUAUUGAGCACUUCUAUUUUGCCUGUACAGAUCCUCCAUGCACUUGAUGUACAGAUGUAAUAUUUAACUGGUGUUGUAUUGUUUGGAGAAACAAGCAAUUGUAUGUUUAACUACCGGGCCAAGAUUGCAUUGCAUUGAUGGUAUCUAGUACAGUGAAUAUUAUGGUGUCGUUUACAUGUUCUUUUCUUUUUGGUAAAAACUGGAGCUUUUCUGAAUUGUUUCUUGCACUUUUUAGGUAAACCAAUUGGAUACUUGUUAAUUAUUUUCAAUAAAGCCCUUGAUUUUGCCCCCUGAAA